ACAGACCUGCAAUAACAAUCAAGACACACACUCUUUUUCUCUCUCUCCCUUUUCUUCCCAAAAUCAACCUCAUUUCCCACAAUAAUUUUUAACAUUUGGGUAUAUUUCUCCCAAAAUUUAACCCCACCAAAGUUCGAUUCUUUGAAUCGUUUACUGGGUAUUGUAGAUCAAUCAAUCAAUCCAUCCAUUGGAAUUAAUCAUGUCGUGUUCGUCGUCAUCUGGGUCGGAAGAGGAAGAUGAGGGCAUGGAUUCCUACCGGAAAGGAGGGUACCACGCCGUCAGAGUCGGCGAUACCUUCGCCGGCGGUCGGUACAUCGCUCAACGGAAACUUGGAUGGGGUCAGUUCUCCACCGUUUGGCUUGCUUAUGAUACCCAAACAUCUAAAUAUGUUGCACUCAAGAUCCAGAAAAGUGCACCUGAAUUUGCUCAAUCUGCCCUCCAUGAAAUCGAAGUUCUUUCUGCUAUCACCGAGGGUGACCCUGAAAGUAAAAAGUGUCUUAUACGAUUGGUGGAUCAUUUCAAGCAUACAGGCCCAAACGGACAACAUUUGUGCAUGGUUCUUGAAUUUCUUGGUGACAGCAUACUUCAACUCAUCAGAUAUAACCGCUAUAAAGGCCUUCCGUUACAUAAAGUAAGAGAAAUUUGCAGAUGCAUACUGACUGGACUAGAUUAUUUGCAUAGAGAACUUGGUAUUAUACAUACAGACCUAAAACCUGAAAAUAUACUUCUUCUUUCAACCAUAAAUCCUUCAAAAGACCCUAUUAGAUCGAAAAACGGGCCCAUUCUUAGUAGGCCUGAGGGAGGUAUGAAUGGUGGACCUGUGAUUAAUGCUAUCGAGAAAAAGCUAAAGCAGAGGGCUAGACGAGCGGUGGCUAGGAUAUCAGCAAGACGGGUUUCAAUGGGAGGGGGAACACCGGCUGCAAAACCGGAAAGAUGUCUAGAUGGGAUUGAUUUUAGGUGCAAAGUUGUGGAUUUUGGAAAUGCUUGCUGGGGUAGUACACCGAUUGCAGAGGAAAUUCAAACAAGACAGUAUAGAGCUCCUGAAGUUAUAUUGCAGUCUGGAUACACGUAUUCCGUCGAUAUGUGGUCGUUUGCUUGCACUGCCUUUGAGCUCGCUACUGGUGAGAUGAUGUUUGCUCCCAAGAUUGGACAAGGCUUCAGCGAAGAUGAGGACCACCUUGCUUUAAUGAUGGAAAUACUCGGAAAGAUGCCUCGAAAGAUAUCCGUUGGAGGGCUUCGAUCCAAAGAGUACUUUGACAGAUAUGGUGACCUCAAAAGGAUCCGUAGAUUGAAAAGCUGGCCUCUCAGUCGGUUACUCGUUGAAAAAUUCAAAUUCUCUGUGAAUGACGCCCGUGAAUUUGCAGAAUUCUUGAGUCCGAUUCUUGAUUUUGCACCAGAAAAGCGACCAACUGCUGAGCAGUGUUUGCAGCACCCGUGGCUUAACAAAACAUCUGAAUCUGGUGUCGACAAGGUGGAUGCUGAGAUGAGCAAACUUCAGAUUAAGGCGGAUAAGUGAAGAAGGGAUCACAUGGUGGGCAAAUUGUUUUUGAAGGAAUGGAAUCUGUCGAAGGAAUGGAAUUUGGUCAAGGGAACCGAGGAUUCCAAUUCCUUCCGAUUCCAUGAAGCAAACGGUCAGCCACAGAUUCCAUAGUACAAGUAUAGUAUCCUCCCCUCCCUUCUCCACCUGUAUCAAAAUUGUUUUUUUACCAUUUACAUAUAUUGUUGUUUUCCUAUUUUGCGAACUGCAAUAAUGUUUGAUCAAUCUUUAAAGUCGACUAAGAUGUAAUAUGGAUGAUAAUUACCACAAGCAUAUCAUGACACCCUUAGAGAAAUUUUG